GAGCGGCCUGGCAGCGGGCGGCGUUGAGGCGGACGUGUGCAGACGGCCGACAGGCCGCGGAGUCGGGACCUGCUUUUGGGGCAUGAGCCGAGGGGAAGACGCCGAGGCCACGAGCCCUGUAAGAUAAGAACUGUUAUCUCCAUUUAUAUAUAUGAGGAAACAGAAGCCUAGAACAUCCAGUAUUUCGUAGAGAUUGAUGGAAGCAGAAACCAAAACUCUUCCCCUGGAGAACGCAUCCAUCCUUUCAGAGGGUUCCCUACAGGAAGGGCACCGGUUAUGGAUUGGCAACCUGGACCCCAAAAUCACAGAAUACCACCUCCUCAAGCUCCUCCAGAAGUUUGGCACGGUCAAGCAGUUUGACUUCCUCUUCCACAAAUCAGGUGCUUUGGAGGGCCAGCCUCGAGGAUACUGUUUCGUUAACUUCGAAACUAAGCAGGAAGCAGAACAAGCCAUCCAGUGUCUCAAUGGCAAGCUGGCUCUGUCUAAGAAGCUGGUGGUCCGAUGGGCACACGCUCAAGUAAAGAGAUACGAUCAUAACAAGAAUGAUAAGAUCCUUCCUAUCAGUCUUGAGCCAUCCUCAAGCACUGAGCCCACUCAGUCUAACCUGAGUGUCACUGCAAAGAUAAAGGCCAUUGAAGCAAAGCUGAAAAUGAUGGCAGAAAAUCCUGAUGCAGAGUAUCCGGCAGCACCUGUUUAUUCCUACUUUAAACCACCAGAUAAAAAAAGGACUACUCCUUAUUCUAGAACAGCCUGGAAAUCUCGAAGAUGAUGGUUAUGAAUUACUGUAGCAGCAAAAGCAAAUUGGUCUCCACACAUGAAAUCCUCUGCCUUUGUACUUUAUAGAUGUGAAUGGUACUAUCCAACAGAGCACAGUCACGUGUUAAGUUUGGUAACAUAACAUUUUUGGAUGUUCUUAUGGCUAUUUCUUCCCUGAAGUAUGUGUGGAAUUGAGCAUCAUCCAGAAUAAAUAGGAUUGUAUCCAAAAUUGUGAUUUGAACACUGGGAUGCUCUAGUUGGCUGGUUUGUUUGGAUUUGUAACUCCAGAAACAUUAUAUAGUGUGCCAGAGAGAAAGGCAAACAAAAAAUGUUACUAUUUAAAUUAGGAAACUAAAUUUAUUAAUGUCUGACUUAAAAAAAAAAAAAAAAGCAUUUUUCUGUGCUCAGGUGUCUUUACAACAUAAAGAAAAAGUAAGAGACAGGGAGGGAAGUGACAGAUUUUGAAUCAUGUUCAGAACUAUUGUUCCAGAAUUUACUAUGGAAAUCCCUCCAACUGGAUUAAAAACACAAAUUCUUGGCAAAAAGGAGCCGGUUCCUUGAGCAAAUAUUGUGGUAAUCUGUUUAAGAAUUAUGCUUAUUGUUUCAAAAUCCCAAUUAGGAAAACAUGGUGUAUAUCUUAAAAUUGUUUGCAUAGACAAAACUGUAGAAUCAAAUUUACCAUUUUAUACCACAACGGAAGUUCUGUUUGGAAAUCCAACUUUUAUUCUAUAGUGAUCAUUUUUUAAAAACCUGAAUAAUCUUGCCUUCUAUAAUACCACAUGUUGUUAUUAACAUGGGACUUUUAAAAUUGCACUUAUUGCAUGAGAUUGUUUUUAUAGCAUGAGAAUGUUCUAUUUGGAAUUAUAUCAUGGUCAAUCUAAAUAGAAAAGUGAAGUUUCUUUGAAAACCUAAGCGUUGCUAUAUUGAUCUCUAUCAAACAUAUUAUUUAUUAAUAAUUGUGUAGGGGUCCGAGUAGAAGAAAUUGAAUUGUCUUGUGCAGGGUGAGGAGGGGACAUGCAGUGGACACAGAAAGUCAAUGGAGCAGGCACUACUCUGGCACCAAGAUUAUAAUGACCUCAUGUUUUAUGUCGUUUUUAACAAAGGCUUGAAAGACUGCAUGACUAUAAAAUGAUCCUUCAUUUGUAGAACAUAGUUCUCCCCAGAUAUUUUUUGCCACUUUGAACAUUAUAAGUAUAACAAUAGAGAGAGAAAAAUAAAUCAACAGACUUGGGAGUGUGUUUCUGUCAGCAAGUUUGGUCAUUUUGGUGCCAGGUUGACAGACUGUUACAUUGGGCAGCCCUGUUGCUUCUUUAGCAGGUAAAUCAUUGUGUUAGGCUAGGGCCAUUCCUGGUGGUUACAUACUGUUUAGCAUUAUUGUUCCUAGCAAGAGGAAGCUUUCUUUGUUAGAAUGUAAGUCUUCCUAUGAGCAUAAAUGAAUUUAAGACACUGGAACCCAAACUUCAGCGUAGUGAGGUUUCAGAAUUCACAGGACUGGUUCAGAGAAAUUCUUAUCACCUUUCCCAAGGUAAAUCUUUUUAGAUAUCUUUAGAUAUUAAAUACUUUCUGCAUUUAUUAGCUCUGUCUAUGAUACAAGUAACUCUCCUUCCAUUUGGGGGAUAGAUCAGGGAGGUGGCAACAUUAUCUCCCAUUUUUCUGGUGACUUCUUAGAGUAUAGAAUUCACCAUUUUAUCCUUAAGUCCUCAAAGGGUUAUGGUGGAGUAGGACUUACUUAAUGCAAAAUAGUCUUCUAUUUUUAAUGGGAACUUAGAAAAUAUUAACUUUGAAUUAUCUAGAGUUGUUUCCUUUAGAAACCAGAGCUAUUUAUUUGUAUUUAAAGCAAUGUUUAUUAUUUGUACUGAUUCUUAUUCCUCCGUGUGAAUAAAUGCACGACAGUG